GGUGAAGCCUUCAGACGCCUUUGUUCUAAUGCCAUCUGCCUGUACUUGGCUAGCUAGACCUCGCAUUUACUACAUCUGCCUGCUUCUCUGCUUCAAGCCAGCUGGGAAUUGAGCAACCCAGCUCUUUGCCCAGGAAGAACCAUGCCCCUGGAAGAUGAUGAACUCAGCUGGAAAAAACAAGCGGAAGAUAUCCGGGAAAUCUACGAAUUCCGGGAGGUGCUGGGCACAGGUGCCUUCUCCGAGGUGGUGCUGGCUGAAGAGAAAUCGACCCAGAAGUUGGUGGCCAUCAAAUGCAUUGCCAAGAAGGUGCUAGAAGGAAAAGAGAGCAGCAUUGAGAACGAGAUUGCUGUGCUGCACAAGAUCAAGCAUCCUAACAUAGUAGCCUUGGAUGACAUCUACGAGUGUGGAGGGCACCUCUACCUCAUCAUGCAGCUGGUUUCCGGAGGGGAACUUUUUGACAGGAUAGUGGAGAAGGGAUUUUACACCGAGCGAGAUGCCAGCAAGCUCAUCCGUCAGAUCCUUGAUGCUGUUAAAUACCUGCAUGACAUGGGCAUCGUACACCGUGACCUCAAGCCUGAGAACCUGCUCUAUUACAGCCUAGAUGAGGAUUCCAAGAUCAUGAUUAGUGACUUUGGGCUGUCGAAGAUAGAAGGCUCGGGCAGUGUCAUGUCCACAGCAUGUGGGACUCCUGGCUACGUGGCUCCUGAAGUCUUGGCACAGAAGCCUUACAGCAAGGCUGUGGACUGCUGGUCUAUUGGAGUCAUUGCCUACAUCUUAUUGUGUGGGUAUCCCCCAUUUUACGAUGAGAACGAUACCAAGCUGUUUGAACAGAUCUUGAAGGCCGAAUAUGAAUUUGAUUCUCCCUACUGGGAUGACAUAUCGGAAUCAGCCAAAGAUUUCAUCCAACAUUUAAUGGAGAGAGAUCCCAAGAAGCGAUUCACUUGUGAGCAAGCACUACAACACCCAUGGAUUGCUGGAGACACUGCGCUAGAUAAGAACAUCCAUCAGUCAGUCAGUGAGCAGAUCAAAAAGAACUUUGCCAAAAGCAAGUGGAAGCAAGCCUUCAAUGCAACAGCUGUGGUGAGGCAUAUGAGGAAGCUACAACUUGGAACCAGUCAAGAAGGUCCUGGCCAAGCCAUGCAGGAGAGCAAUGGCUCAGCUACUAAUAGCAGUGAGGAAUCCUUGGGGAAUGGCUCUCAUCGCCAAACUCAGGACUGAACAUUCACCAAAGGCAGAGGACUAUAGAUGGCAGAGCCAGCAGCAAUCAUAACCGAGUGGGCAGUCCCAAGCCCAGCCCUCCCAUCCUGUUGUAAGAAGAGCUAGGGAAGGGUCUGGGACCACCAUCACAUCUUCCCAGCAAAGUACGACUGAGUCCCAUUAUAGGGGAAUGGAACUUGUCCUCUAUUUAGUGGCAUUCUCCAGAAUCUGGAAGUGGAGGCUAGUACUCUCUAAGCCACACACUUCCCUGGAGAUGCUUUUUCCUCUCCUGCUCCACCCCCCACCCCGUUGGCCACACCAACAAGACCCAUCCUGAGCCCUAUGCUCAUUCCUCAUCUGAAGCCAGCAGUAAUGUCAUCCUCUUUGGCCCAUCAUGUGAGUGGCUAGGUCUUGGGAAGAAGUAUUCAAGAUCCCUCUGGAUUUUUGCAGCAACUACUCAAGUAGGAGUUUGAUUUCCAACUGUGCACACAAUCUUGUGCUUGAGGAAACCAAUGAGAAACCCUGCUUCUCCCACAUGACCCAAUCAAGCAGACCCCAAGGGAUGAGGACAUACACGGUAGCUGGCACUUGGCUCAGUUGCGUGCAGUGUUGGAGAAUAAAGUUUGUUUGUUUGCAGAGAGAAGUUUGGAGUAGCUUGUAGCCUUCCACAACAAGGACUUGAUCUAUUGAAGUUUCUCCAGGAGUAGAAGCUGUUUUUCUACAGUCAAGGAAUAUAGAAGCUAAAGAAGCUUUCCUACUGCCCUCUGGAUGUGAGGGGCCAUGGCUAUCCUGAGUGAUGGUUUAUGGGAUUUGAUCUCUGAGGACACUAGAGUAGAUUGAGCUGUACUGAAGGGUCAUUGCUUUCUUGGGGCCAGCUGUGCCUCUUCCAAUGUCAUUUGCCAACUCUGGAUAAAGACUGGUAAUGUUUUAAGAGUGGUCAUUUUAUAGCACUAUGGCUGUCCUCUUACAGAGUUACCCAGACUAGAAAAAAAUUGUAGCAGUUUUGCAGGUGGUCACAUUGUGAAGUGGGGAAAAGCCAGCUGGGAUCAUAUAUUUUCAAUAAUCCCUGGCAGUUGUAAAAUUAUUCUUAAUAUUUUGUAGCUAGUGGGGUGGGUGGGGCUUAAAGUAAGAAUAAACUCAUAAAUGUA